AUGGGGAACUGCCUCAGAUCCCCGACCUCAGAUGACAUCUCUCCCCUUCACGAGUCUCAGUCCGACAGGGCUAGCUUUGGCGAGAGGACGGAGCCAAAUCAGGAACGAUUUCAUCCAACACCUAGCCUGAUUUGGUUAUCAACUCAGGUGCUUGAAGAGGAACAAAUGAGAGUAGCUCAAAGAAUAGGCCUUAUACAACAUCUGCCUAAAGGAGUUUAUGACCCUGGAAGAGAUGGAUCAGAAAAAAGGAUCCGAGAGUGUGUGAUAUAUAUGAUGGACUUUGUUUAUGGGGACCUAAUUCGAUUUCUACCAUGCAUACACACCUAUCACCUGGACUGUAUAGAUGACUGGUUGAUGAGAUCCUUCAUGUGCCCCUCCUGA